AAAGAGAUGAAAGUAUAAAAAAAAUAAAGCAAUUGAACAAGCCAGCAACUAAGACAAAAGGUCUAGCAGGAGCCAAGUUGGUUAGCUUGAGUGUUGGCGGUGGUGUUCAGAUACUAUUGGCAGCAGCACUAUUAGAGCUUUAAAAGUAGCAGUAGACCACUUAAAUAGUAUAUAUGAACUGGUGAUUGGUGUUUUAUGUUACGUGCGUUUGCAAUAAUUCCGCGAUUGUCAUUUUUUCCGUUUCAAGGGUAGCUGCGACGUUCUGUCUGCCAUAACAUGUAGUGCCAUAAAAGUAUUUAAUUUCCAUUGUGUUGUGUGAUCAUUUGAAGCACUGAAUCUGGCAUUUGAGAGUCAGUCAGCAGCGAGCGUGUUUUCGCCUGCAUCACAGGUCCGGACCACCAGCACAUGCGGCCGUGUGCUUUUUAAUCGCCAUUUAGAUUGUCUUGCUUGCUGUGGUUGGAUUGUGAAAAAGUUUGCUUUGCGCUUCUGGAUAUGACGUUAGCCGGAAAAUAUGUGUCAAUUCGCAUUCAGCAAUAGCUGCAUUCAUCAGCAGUACCGGCAAAACGUUUAACGCCCGCUGCCGUAUUAGGUGGAAAUUUAAGCGUAACAAUUAACUAACUCCAUACUAGGCAUUAACGUAAUACAUACUUAUGUAGAUGCAUAUUUUGUGUGCCAGAAAUAAUAAGCAAUUAAAAGCAUCGCCGUACAAAAAGAGCGCAACAACAACGCAUACAUAGAUAAGAAUUCAUACAAAUAACAAUAAUUAUAAUUAUUACAAUGCAAAAGCAAAUGCAAAAACGUACAAAUAAAAGUGUGUUCGCCAUUAAAACGCUAAUUAGUUGCGGCACGUUAUGCCUGCUGCUAGUGUUGCCGCAUGCCGUGCACGCUUGGAUGCCCGAUGUGCGCCCAGAUUUACAGCCGAAGCAAGAUAAGAUCAUUGCCAAGUUCCUGGGUAACAGCACGGAUUAUUUUAAAAUUUUGGCUUCUGACGAUGCCACCAUAUUGGUGGGCGCUAAAGACGUUAUGUACAACAUCAGCUUAGAUGGUUUACGCGAAAUCAGUCGCUUGGAAUGGUUCUCUUCUGAUGCUGAUCGCGAAUUGUGCGCACUGAAGGGUAAACGUGAAACUGAUUGCCACAACUACAUACGCGUUUUUUCACGCCUCGAUGAGGCGCAGAUUUUGUUGUGUGGCACCAAUUCGUACAAGCCGCGUUGUCGUCACUAUGCACCCGCCACAAGUGAGCUGAGCGCAGCUGCCGGUUCCGGGCAGCGGUAUGAGAUUGUACGUGAUGUGGAAGCGCAAGGUCUUUGCCCGUAUAGUCCGGCACACAAUAGCACCUACGCCUUUGCGGAGGGCCAACUUUAUAGUGCCACAGUAGCUGACUUUUCGGGCAGUGAUCCAUUGAUUUAUCGCGAGAAUUUGCGCACCGAACAGUAUGACUUGAAACAGUUGAAUCAACCGGAUUUUGUGGGUGCUGUGGAGCGUGAUCGUUAUGUAAUGUUCUUCUUUCGCGAAAUUUCAAUGGAGUACAUGAAUUUCGGCAAGACAAUUUACUCCCGCGUCGCACGCGUUUGCAAGAACGAUCGCGGCGGUCCCUACACACUCUCCAAGAGUUGGACUUCAUUUUUGAAAGCGCGUCUAAAUUGCUCAGUACCUGGCGAAUUUCCAUUUUAUUUUGAUGAAAUUCAGGCCAUUACACCUAUAGUCGAAAGUGGUGCCAAUCCACUCAUCUAUGCCGUUUUCACCACAUCCGUGAAUGCCAUCCCUGGGUCCGCUGUAUGCGCUUUUAAUGUGAAUGAUAUAAUGGACGCCUUUGAGGGUAGCUUCAAAUCGCAAAAGGACAGUCAAUCGCAAUGGCUACCCAUACAGGAUGAACAAGUACCUGAACCGCGUCCGGGGAAGUGUGUUGAAGAUUCGCGAAUGCUAUCCAGCAUUGCGGUGAAUUUUGCUAAAACUCAUCCGUUAAUGGAAACCGCUGUGCCCGCUGUUUACGGCCGUCCCCUACUCACCAAAGUCAACCUGCAUCACCGACUCACCACAAUAGCAAUAGAUGCGCAAAUCAUAGCGCUAAAUGGCGAAUACUAUGAUGUUAUCUAUUCGGGCACAGAUGAUGGUCGCAUAACGAAAUUCAUCAAUAUACCCACACCCAGUCAGACAGGCACCAGCGCUAGUGUUGACAAAUUAAAGACGGUUUUGAUAUCUGAAAUGCAAGUCUUGCCAUUGGGUGUGCCAGUGCGUGAGCUGGUUGUUUCCUCGAAAUCCAACAGAUUGCUAGUGGUUAGCGAUGGUAGUCUAGUCACAGUGCCGCUACAUCAUUGUGCGCACAUUGUUGACUGUUUGGGCUGCCUGAGUCUGCAGGAUCCGAAUUGUGCUUGGGAUCAACAGAAUCAUGAGUGCAAAAGUCUAUCGGCUAAAAAUAUUAAAUUCGGUACCAAAGCUUUCCUACAAAGUUUGAAUACUACAAAGAAAGCAGCAGCCUCGCUGUGCCCCAAAUUUACACGUGGCACACUCAUGGCUGAUGGCCCGAAUAUAGGUGGUGGUGUUGUGGCAAGCUCAGGCAUUGAUCUGGUAACUGCACAACAACCGCAAGCAGAUGAGGAUUUGAGCAAGAAGUUCCACUACUCAAAAGUCAGUGUGACUGCUGGCAAUGCCGCGGCUACUAGCGGCAGUACUACGGUCCCAGAGAGUAGCGUGCCCGCUGUUGAAGUGCCGACUGGCAGUGGUGGCGAUUUGGAUGCAAGCACUGGCGCGGGUAAUGAUUAUUUGUUGAACAGUUUCAGUGACGAGAAUAAAAUUACACUGCACUCGGUGGACCCCGAUGAACUGAUGAAUACGUUGAGUGGUGAGUGGCAAGAUCCUUUGCACUCUCAAGCUAGCGUGAAUGAGAAGAAAUUGAAAGUUGCUGGCAAGAGCUUAUACUGGGCACUCGCUCUCGUCGCCUUCGUCGUGGGCAUUAUUGUUGGGCAUUACACCUCCAAGCGCGUUUGUAAAACCACAUCGCUGCAUGCAAGCCAUCGCAAUCAAUUUACUUCAAAUUCACAAUUUGGCGUCAAGCAUCACAAUACCGGCAAAGAUAUUAAUCUACUAAUGAAUCCGAACCAUUUUUGUAAUCAGAAAAAACCCAAUCUCGACUUAGAGAAGGACCGCAGUCAUGAAUGCAAAAAUUCAACAGAGAAUCUAGAAAAGGAAAUCCCUUGCAAGACGUCCACGUUAACGAAGGUUAAACGCACAUAUAUAUAAUCUAUAGCUUAUUUGCGAUGCACUGCAAAGCAUUGCGUUGCAUUUAAAAACUAGUGGAAUUUUUUAUAGAUUAGUUUACAUAUAUUUUUUUUUAUAUUAAGCAAAUUUUGUUGAAAGCAUGUGUGUUUGGAUGUGGAAUUGAAUGUGAGGCUUUGAAAAUGGUGUAUGACUGAUCCUUUUUUUAAGUUUAGGAAAAAUUACAAUUUACGAAAGAGGUUUCUGUGUAACAGGUAUAUACUAAUCGUAUAUGUAAACUUGAACCGUCUAAAUGCAUGCAUCAAAAGCUAUGCCUAGCAGUAGAUGGCUGCUGUGUACGUGUAUACGAGCGCUAAGCGGGCUUAAUUCGACUUAAAUGAAAUUAAUUGAUUUUUAUAAGUGCAUGGCGCCUUUCUAAAACGUCCGCUAGCCGCCUUGGUGUGCACACAGCAGCCGCCUCCCUGCUGAGAGCAUAGCCAAUGCAAUUGCGAGUCUUAAUUUUUAUGUAUCAUUUUUAGUCGCUUAGUUUAUAUUAAGUUUAGUUAAUUAUGCAAUGUGAGUUUAGCGAGCGGAUGGCGAGGUUUUUUUUUUUACAAAAGCAAAAACAAAAUAUAACAAUUAAGUACAAAUGUAAUUGCAAGUCAGCCGUGAGGGAGCGUCGGCAUGUGGUUUGUUAAGUGGAAGGUUAAAUUUUAUGAAUUAUAAUGCAAGCGAAGGUAAAACAGAGAGCGCGUAGCAGCAGUGGUAGUGUAAAAGAGAAAAGUUCCCAUAACUAAAGCGAUUACCACAAUCACAAGCCCUGAAAAUAUGAUUUAUGUGGUGUGAUAGCUGCCGUUCUCCACGGGGUGCAGAGAGGAGGAAGCACACUUUAACCACGCUAUACAUUUUUCCCAAACCGCAAACCACCACUGCUCGGCUCCUCCCUCUACGCCUGCGUACAAACAUAUCGAAUAUCUACAAAUUGUAUACUUUUCCAAUGAGAUUGCAAAUUUUUUCGCGAAAUGUAAGCAAAAAGGCUAUAGUAGUGUUGUUAGUGCCUGCACUUCAAGGCAGCUACACAACUUCCUCAUGGCUAUGAAGUUCAUGUUCGCCUCGGUCGCUGCACGCCAACCAACACUACUCAGCGACUUAAUACAAACACGCACGAACGCACAAAAUGUGAACAAAUGAAGUAAAAUAUUCAUAAUAAUAGUAUAACUUAAUAAUAUUGCAAAAGCAAACAAGUAUUAAUGUAAUUAGACUGAACGGUUUACGAACAAAAGCAAUACAAAGUCAAGUAUUUUCUAUGUAUAGCCGCCGGUAGACUAUAGAAAGCAAGGGAGUAGCAAGGGAAACGUGAAAAUGGUUGACAAUUGUGUGCCUAGACUGUGGUUGUUGUUGUUUUUUUUUUUUCUCCCCACCAGUAGUGAGUGUCUUGGAUAGUUUGCGGCUUCUUCGUCCGUCACUUAUUGCGCCCUCACAAUGCACGGCUAUUAUUAUCAUCAUUAUUGUCAUCUUCAACUCGCGCUCGUCCCCUCACACACACUUGAUUGGACUUGGCAUUCAUCCAUGUAAACAACUAUUAUCAUCACUCUCUUUCACGAGUACCUAUGCAUUGUACUUUACCACUUUCACUCAAUCACUACAUUUUGCAUCUAUUUUUUGUUUUCUUCUACACACACACACACAUUCCCAAUUGCGUUUGCGCCUGGCACGCGUAAGCCCAUUCGACGCACAAACAACACUUGAGACGUUUGUAUUUUCUAUUGAAUGGCUCGUACAUUGAAGGUCAGUACACUGCAGGAAAAUUAUUGUGUACCAUAGCAAUUUAACGCUUGAUUGCAUAGCGGAAUAGGAAGUCGAGUAUGUAUGUAGGUGUACAUUUUUGAUUUUUUUUUUACUAAAAUUAAAUUUUUUCAAUAUAUUAACAGGUUGUUAUAAAAGUGAAAUUACGAAGCUUACUCUUAUUAUAUACAUCAUUGAUAUUUUUUACGGUGAAGUUAUUGACGCUCGCUUUGGUCAUCUAGGGUUUUCAAACAAAGUUUUAAAAAGCGUUUGUGUGGCGAAAAAAUUAUCUUAUAUUAGCGUCAACACAUUUAAGCAUGCGCAAAUGAGUUUAUUGAACCUUUUUUCGUAUACUUUUGAGAUAUAAUUGAUGAAAUUAGCACUGAUUAUAAAUGACAUUUUGCAAAAAAGUUCUGUUUUAAUUUGUGAUUCUGCUUAAAUUAAAAUAUAAAUUGAAAAAGUAGGUUUUUGUUGUUGUAGCAGCAUAAAUACACGGGGUGACAGUCCUCGACCAGAUAUAAAUGCGGGUCUCUCCGGUUACGUAGCAGCAACUGUCGUUUGAACGAGAAAGCAGGGGAUGAAAAAGUAGGUAAUUAUAGUUGAUGUAAAAUUUGUUACAAUUUUCUCUGUUGUUUGAGGCAAAAAAUCUAUAAUUUAAAAUGCAUUCACUCUUAUAAUAAAUUUAUAAAAAAUAAAUCGUUGCUAAAAAGUUAAUGUAAAAUACAAGGCGAAUCUAUUAAAGGUAAUAUCGGCAAAUUAGCUGAUUUGUUUUUUUCUUUCGGCGUGUCCAUGCGGCUGUCAGCCCAGAAUGAAUCAAGACGAAUUCAAUUUUUGUUUUCUACUUUUCCAAUACUUUGCUUUGACAAUAAAACGUACAAAAUGUUCUUGUUGGUCUAGUGCUACCACCUUUAAUGAACGCGCCUUGGUAAAAUUUGUUCAGCUAUUUUUUGUUUGUUUUUGUUGUAAUUUGAGACCUUAAAAUUUAUUUUUUUAAAUCAUUAAUCAUAAGAUGUAUUUUUUUUAAUUUGUUCAUUUUUGAAAUCUUAAGCACACUGUUUUCACGACCUACUUUUUAAAUAUUUUCAAGAAACCGUUAGAUUUUUUAGAUUUCGCCGUACUCCAACAGAAAUUCAGAUUGCUAUGAAUUAAAAAAACUUCAAAAUUUUAAUCCUGCAGUGUGCCACGCCUUUCUGACAACAAAAUAUACAUAUUUUCCCACUUUCUAUUUUCAUCAAAAAAAUGAAGUCGCAUAUUCAUUAAUACUCCAUAGUUUGCUUUUCUAACUAAACUCAAAUAAUUUUAAUAUAACUCAUACAUUAACUAAUUUACAUACUAACCUAAUUACAAACAAAUAACCAACAAAACCGUAAAAGAAGCUCAAUUAGUUAGGAAUUGAUUUAACAUUAAAGCAGGGUGUGUAAAAAUGUGGAUUGAAAAAAAAAUAUUAGGAACAGAAAUUAAAAAAAAAAAUUUAUGUAUGAUAUGUAUUAUAGAACUAAAAUUAUUAUUGAAAAAUUGUUGCCUUCGAGAAUUAACGUCAAUUGACAAUUGAAAUGACUUUUUGGAUACUAAAAAUUAUUAAAAAAAAGUUAUUUACAUAUUUAUUAUGAACAACAAGAAAUCAAUCAAAUGAAAAUUAACGUAAUACAUAAACAAAUGCUUUGAAGCACCCUGUAUAAACAAACUGCAUACAAAUUAAACGGAUUUUUUAAAUUUAUAGCCUUACAAAUCGGCUGAUAAGCUCGAAUAAUUAUAAAAUAGAUAUAUUUUUCUUGCACAGGCGUACUGGUAAUUAAGUUAGUCCGUCCGUUUAAGGAAUACUUUAGUUAUAAGUAUAAUUAAUAAAUAUUUACAAUAUAUUUUAUACAGCUAUACAUAGAAAUAGAUAAGAAGUUAGUUUGUAAGUGAUAAAGAAAGGAAUAAUGUGAGCUUAAGAAUAUACAUACAUACUUGGCGAUUGUGUAAAAUAUAUGCAUAUAUUUUUUCUAUAGCAUAA